AUGACAAAGUUGCACAUCACUCUGCUCCCGGAGGAGAUUUUCUUCCGCCUGCUCCCCUUCCUCGACCUACCCGACCAACACAGUCUCCUGUUGACCUGCCGCUCCCUCUUCUACAAAGUCGUCCCCGCCCUCUACCGAUCGCCCUUCCGACUCCUCCUCGCCUACAAUGGAAAAACUUCUCCACACCCUCUCUCUCCAACCUCAACCUCCUCCCGCUCAACAUUUCCUCCAAUUGCAUCCGCAUCUGCAUCGCACUCUUAUUCUUCUCUCCCUUAUUACUCUACCGUAUCGGACCCUUCCUCAUUUAUCCCCACAUCCUCCACCCUCUACUCCACAACAAGGACAACAAUAACUCCCGCCACCGCAACACUCACUACCGUCAGGCUCGUACGUAGUAACAGCAGUAUCAACAGUAACAGUAGCAUCCAUGGCGCUGGAAAUGGUAUUGGCAGUGGUGCAGGAGGCUCUGGCAGCAGCAUGAGACACAGCUCCCGUCGACAUACUGGCAACCCCAACUCCCUCCGCAAAGCAUCUGCAUCCUCUGUCUCUUCCACUUCCACGUCCUCGACUUCGUCCUCCUCCACCCACACAGCAGCCACUGCCCUCACAACCGCUGCUAGCUCGUACUCACCCCCCUCAGCACGACCCACAGGAACUUCAGGCCCAUUUCCUGUUGCCAUUGCCACUGCCACUACUUCGACUUCGGCCCCGAGCUCAGCAACACCCCGCUCGGUCCACCCUUCUUCACUUCACCAACGGUCGUUGUCUGAUCACCCCAAGGGGUUCAAUCCCAGCAGCAUCGGCACCAGCCAUUCUGACACGGCCGCAGCGCAUUCCAAAGCCCGUCUCUCCAUCAUCACCCACCACAACCAGCAACAACAAUCCUCCUUAACGCGCUCUACGGGGACAGCAACAACAAUGGCGCUUACGCCACAACGCGACGGCUGGAAGCUCAAGAAAAUGUCUCAGUUGCUCCAAUUGCUCAUCGCCUGCACGUCGAUCCAAGCCCGACUCCCGGCACUUCGGUAUCCAGGCUAUGGUCAGCAAUGGAUCCGCCCGCCUUGCAAACUCGACUAUCUGCUUUACUAUACUGACCAACAAGAAGGUGGCGAGAUUAUGGUCCAAUGUUUUCAUCUCCUCUUUGCGGACUUGAUCCAGUGUCGGUGGGAGAAUGAGGCGCGAGGGUUGGGUGUGCCGCUUGGUCCACCUGAUAAAGAAGCCUACAAGGUUCUGUAUCAGAUCCAGAGAGAAUUUAUGGCGCAUCAUCCGGGGGGGAUAAGGACUUUGUCGGUCUCGGCCGUCCAUACUAUCGACCACGCAAUUACUUUGGCGCCACAGCUGGGAAGGGUUUCGCGGUUGGAGUUGACGGAUUUGGAGCUCGAGUUCAAGGUCGAGAAGGUGAUAGACUUUAUCAAGUCGCAUCGGAUGGUCUUUGGUCCUGUGCUGAAGGAGCUCUCGCUCAAGAAGACGCAAACAGAGGGAGAGACCCGUGGAGACAGUGGUGCAAACAGUCCUGGUUCGAGAGGAGCAGGAGGAGGGUAUCAAGCCUCCAUUUCUGCGGCUUCGAUGUUUUCGUUUGGGUCUGCAGGAUCGCCCAUCUCGUCUACUCCCAUGUUCCCGCCACAUCCUAUACCUGCAGGAAUCAUUGCGGCAACAGGAGGAGGAGAAGGAGGAGCUCCUUCUUCUUCCACGUCGCCACCAGUUGCUCUUAUCCAAUCCUUGAUCAAUUUUCCCAGAAGUGCAACUACAUCCUCCAUGGCUUCAUCGGUCAUGUUGGUGGUGGAGGCGAUCAAGGGACUGGAGCGUUUGGAUGCGACAAACUGGGACGAUUGUGUCCUCUAUCUCGAUCGACUUCCUUCACCCAGCCUGAAGCGCCUCUGGCUGUCCCCAAACACCCCAUCCUCAACCUCGCCCAACUAUACACAGGCUGAGCAACAGUUGAUGGGACUGGCAGAGCAGCUCAAAAAAUGGCGGCAACUCGAGGAGAUCAAGAUGCCGAUCCGCAAAGGAAACGUCUUUGCCUGGGCCGCAAGCGAGAAGCGAGCUGCCUUAAUCUGUGCACCCAUAUUGGCAGGAUCCAGGACUAAACGCCUCCCCGAGAUGCGACAGAUCCACCUUGAGGGCCCUACAUUGGAUGUGGUCGACAGUGUCCGAGACGCGGCGUUUGCAUUCCAGGCGACGUUGGAGGAUCUGGAGGCGAGGUCCCGCGUUCGAGUAUGGCAUCCGACGACGAUUGAGUGGGGAUGGAGGAUGCCCCGGUUGACGCGUCUCACGCUCGAGGGGGAGAUCAGUCUUUAUUUCAGUCUGGAUGCCUUGAACCGGUGUCCUGCACUUGAGGAACUUACUUUGGCGACAUCGAUGAGGCACCCGCAUCACCACUACUAUCGACAGGACCAACCACCCUUGUCGCCACUCCCACACCUGGCCCGCGGAACCAACCCUGGAGGCGACUUGCUGUUGUUCAUCCGGUCACAGGAGAUCCGAUCCAUUGCCAGUCUAAAGAACCUGCAACGGUUGAGUCUCCACGGCGCGUGGCAGGUGCCCGAUAGGGUGUUGCGCCGGAUUGCCAAUCAGUGUUUGAAGUUGAAGGAGUUGAGGUUGGACCAGACUGUGGGGACGACAAUUGGAGGGGUGUUGUUGGGGGUUGAAAACAUGAAGCGGUUGGAGAAGUUGGAGUUGAGGCUGGAUGUAGUUGACUUGGCGUUGGUCCGGAUCGUCGCCCGGAAGCUAGUCUUCCUGUCGUCGAUCCAAUUGACCAGUCUUCGUACCAUAGAUUAG